UUUUAAAAAUUUAAUAUCUUAACAACUUUUUUACAAAAUUAAUAGCUUCCGAGAUAUUUAGGCUUAAAGAAUCAUAGAUUUAUUCGAUCAGUAUAUAUUAUAUACUAUAUUGUAUAUAAUAUAUAUCAUAUCAUAUAAUCAUUUUUCUUUUUUUAGCGGAAACAUAGGUUAUACAAAGAGUAACCCGAAGUCGACAACGUCCUAGUAGUUCAUACGGUCAUACAUAUUAUUGGUCUGUUACAGCUAAAAAGAACAGGCCAUAUACACCUUCAUGUUUUAUUACUGCUUUCCAUUACUUUAUUUCUAACACAGUCACAUUGAAAAUUUUAAAUAAAAGCUGAUAAAAUGACAUUUAAAAAAUAAUUAUUACAAGUCGCUUUUCCAAGAAUAUUGGAUGAUUGAUAUCUUAACAUUGCAAUGAAUUAUGACAAGCAAUUGUUUUAUCGCCAAAAUGGAGUUAAAAUUAUGAUAAUGUGACAUAUGAAUAGAUUACAUGUUAAGUAAAAUUUCUAAAUUUAUAAGUGAAAAUAAUGCCACCGAAAAAGGAGCGCAAAAGGCGUAAAGAUGCCGAUAAAAGUAGAAAGAAAACUUUAGAGAAAAAGGAAUCCAUUAUCUGUCAUUUUAUCACUCCAGGACCAAAAUAUCAACUUAAGACACUUAUCGGCUAUAAAAAUCACUGUAUUUCAAAAUAUCAAAAUCCAGCGUAUACAUUCGGUCGUCAUUUUGUUUUCGAAGUGGUAAAAACCCCAGGACCAAAAUACGUGAUCAAGGGCCACAGACUUGAGGGAUUUACUUUCGGACAUGCCUUAAAACAUCGUGAUAUCGUAGUCGGACCUGGUCCAAAAUAUAUGUUGCCGAAUGUUCGUUGCGGCCCUUUCUUCUCAAUUAAAUGGAGGUCCGAAUCGAGGAAAACUGGUGAAACGCCAGGACCUUAUUACAUUAAGCCUAUAACUGACGCGCCAGCAUUUUCCAUGGGACUACGCACAGCUGCGGGAAAACGUAUAACUAGUGCGGGUUUUCAUUAUUCUUACAAUUUAAACGCAGUGAAACCAAAAGCACCAAUGUACACUAUCGCUAGUAGGGCAGCAUACCAAUUUCCGAACAUUUCUGACAGUCCGGGUCCGAUAUACGCUGUCCUGUCACCCAAACCGAUUCCAGCCUUUUCGUUUGGUGUAAAACAUAGCAAAUGUGCUCCACCUUACAUCACCAAAUGCGACGAACAAUGCUAACAAUGAAGAAAAGAUUUACUUAUAUUUGAAUUAAUAGCUCGCUGGAUAACUACUAGCAAAAUUCUUCAAUCCUUCUAUUUACAUCUUAGACAAUAUAUUUUAUUUAAAAGACAUUAGUAACAUUUUUAGAAUAUUCAAAGUUUAAACAUCUUAUACACAUUUCUAGAUAAUCUGUACUAGUAGUAAAAAAUACAUAUAUUCUUAACUAACAUGUAUUAUAUGUUAAUAAUAUUGAUUGAAUAAUAAAUAAUAUUAAAUAACAUUAAAUAACAUAUAAAUAA